AUGGCCACAACUGAAUACGUCUCCGACCCCGAAUUUCUCCAGGAAUUCUGCCUCAGCGAAGACCUAUCUCAACUAAGGCUUGAUCAAAACACCGUGCCUUCUCUGCGCGAGGCAAGACUGGCCUUGUUACGCCCACUCGAAAGAGCUGAUAUUCUCAAAUCAUGCACUCCGCCACCAGUCACGGACCAUGAUCCAUACUUCAAAAUUAAGACUCAAGCCGAAUACCUCGAUCUGCAACCCCUCUCCAAGAUGUGGAGGCAGGAGUUAAUGAGAAUCCCCCCUUUCUCCAGGAUCAUAUUCGAUCUUUCGUUGCCACAAAGGCAUCCACUCGAGGCUGCUGAGUGCAACAACCCACGGAUACAGUGGGAUAUAUACAGGUCCAGAAAUAGCACUCCUGCAAUCCCUUUCAGAGAAGUGAUGCAGAUGGCUACAACUAUUGCUUUGACGACUAGAAUGCGGAUGAAGGGUGAGGCUGUUUCUUUUGAUAUUGUUUACGAUGAGAAUAACAUUAACGACGGCGAGACGGAUGAAGUAUUUCUUCAUCGUAUGGGUAUGCUGAGACAACAGAUUAUUGAAUUGGGUACGGCUACAUCUUUUGGAGUGUAG